AUGGGUGUGAUAGAUAGCAAUGCACCACUCCCCUUCUCGUCCAAAGUAUGUUACAUAAAGUAUCGAGAGCCUUCCAGUGUUGGCGUGGCGCAACAUUUAACCAACACUGUAUUUAUUGACAGAGCUUUGAUCGUAGUCCCAUGUGCAGAAGGGAAGAUCCCAGAAGAAGCCAAGGCCUUGUCUCUCUUGGCACCUGCUGCCCCCCCUGCUGUUCCUGCUGUACCCAGCCUGAUGCCAGGCGCCGGCCUGCUGCCCCUUCCCACCUCGGCCCCCAUACAGACUCAGCUGAGUGUCCCUAUAGUGAGCCUGGCGGCAUUGCCGGCUGCCCUAGACCCUGCAGUGUCGGCCCUGGCUGUGACUGGAGCAGGCGGGGUGUCGUCCUCCACCCAGCCCCCCCUCAUGGGGAACGUGGAUCCCUCCAAGGUGAACGAGAUCAGAAGGACUGUCUACGUUGGCAACCUCAACUCGCAGACCACUACUGCAGAGCAGCUGCUGGAAUUCUUUAAGCAGGUGGGUGACGUAAAGUUUGUGCGCAUGGCAGGGGACGAGACGCAGCCCACACGCUUCGCCUUCGUGGAGUUUGCCGACCAGGAUUCAGUGUCCAGAGCGCUGACCUUUAACGGAGUCAUGUUCGGAGACAGACCCUUGAAGAUUAAUCAUUCCAACAACGCCAUUGUGAAGCCCCCAGAGCUGACCCCUCAGGCUGCAGCCAAGGAGCUGGAGGACGUAAUGAAGAGGGUCAGAGAGGCCCAGUCCACCAUCGCCGCCAUCAUAGUAGAGCCAGAGGAGGUGAAGAAACGCUCAUCCAGUCACUCCCGACGUUCCAGGAGAUCCAGAACACGGUCACGAUCGCAUUCCCGCUCGAGAACGAGGAGGAAGCGGUCCCGUUCUAGGCAGAGAAGCAGGCUCUCUCAGAGGUCGCGGCCCAAGGUCAGCGAGACCCACGUCUCUCGGGGGAUCCACAAGAGACUUUCACGCUCCAGAUCACGGGACAGGCGGAAAGAGAGAGAGCAGAGAACGAGAGGAAAUGAGGAUAUAUCUCGGGUUAUAGAGGAUAGGAGGCAGAGGGAGAAAAAGGCCAAAACACCUCCAAAAAGCUACAGUGCAUCCCGAAGGUCCAGGAGCACGAGCAGGGGCCACAGAAGGAAGAGCAGGGAUCGUUCUAGGAGUCCCAGAAGGAAAGCCAGGUCUCCCUCACCAAAGAGGGGGAGGAAAGACAAGAAGAGGGAGAAACCAAGGGAUGGCAGCAGGGAAAAGAGGGAGAGUUCCAACUCCAGGAAGAAGAGCAGCAGAGAUAAAGAAAAGAUGGAGCUCAAGGCCAAACCUAUGAAGGUGGAAAGGGACUACGACAGGGAGGAGAAGGACUACCAGAGUGACAGGGAGGGGUCGGCAACACCAAGCGAGGGUUUGACAUCACCCUGCAUCCAGCACAACGGCAGCUACAACACAAACACAGAGGAUGACGCAGCCUCGCUCGCCGACAGCACUGAGUGAUGGGUGUGAAACCAGACAGAACCAUGGGAACGAGACAGUCCACUAUGUAUCUGUUCCACUGGAUGUCAUAAGGUGAAUGCACCAAUUUGUAAGUCGCUCUGGAUAAGAGCGUCUGCUAAAUGACUUAAAUGUAAAUG